UUUGACUCCAAUCUUGGAGACGUUUCAGUUGGCAUGGACUAGAGGGGGGAAAAUACAAGAGAGCGCACACUUCCUGGAGCCUGAACAACCCCCGCAGAAAACAAGAAAACAAACGAGCCCAUGGAGGCGCGAGAGCUGUGAAGUUGUAGUCCCGCGUCCGAUGGCUCGGAUGGUUUUGUCCUGGUUAACGGGACACGUAAAAGCAGGUUUUAUCGAGCGGUAUCAUCGGGUACAUAGAAAGGCCGAUGUGCGGAGCGGCAGCGGCAGUGUGGAGUGAGCGCUGCGCGGAGGAGAGAUCCAUCGACCGCCCCAGCGCGAGCCAAGAAGCGGCCUAGCGCUAACACUCAACAGCCGGCGCUUUUAUAUCGAUGGGAUACCCUUACGUGUACUUCACAGAGACCCAAGGGCGUAUUCCCCACCUCUGAAUGACAACAAUUUUCCGUCGUUUGGCAUGUCUGACAUACUUUAAUCUGGUUCGGAGCCUCUUAGCCGCCUGGCUAACGGAUUAGAUUGGCAGGUUAGCUCAUUAACGUUAGCCGCUAAACAAGUUUUUAAAGUGACUUAUCAUACACGUAUAUCUGCGUAAUGCAGACCGUGUCGAGGGAAGAGGCUCCCCAGCUUCCGUUUUUAUUCUGAAACCGUUCGGUUGGGAAGUCUGAAGAGUUUUAGGACGGUAAAGUCUGUUUGUGUAUUAAUGAUUAGCUGGCUAACGAGCUAGCGAUGUCAAUGUUCUCCGCCGAAAUGCUGGAAACACCUGUGUACCCGUUUGAGGAGAUAGACUAUAAUGCUGAUAUUUAUGUGGAAGAGGUGGUGGGCAGAGGGGCAUUUGGUGUUGUGUCCAAGGCCAAGUGGAAAGGUAGAGAUGUGGCCAUCAAGACUAUAGAGAGUGAAUUGGAGAGAAAUGCCUUUUUUGUUGAGGUUCGCCAGUUAUCCCGUGUAAAUCAUCCCAACAUCGUGAAGCUGUAUGGUUCCUGUAGGAAACCCGUAUGUCUGGUGAUGGAAUAUGCAGAGGGGGGUUCAUUGUAUAAUGUGCUGCACGGUGCAGAGCCCCUUCCUCACUACACUGCAUCUCACGCCAUGAGCUGGUGCCUGCAGUGUUCUCAGGGGGUCUCUUAUCUCCAUGGCAUGAAACCAAAGGCUCUCAUUCACAGGGACCUCAAACCUCCCAAUCUGCUCCUGGUUGCUGGAGGUACUGUGCUGAAGAUCUGUGACUUCGGGACAGCAUGUGACAUCCAGACACACAUGACUAAUAACAAGGGAAGCGCUGCCUGGAUGGCCCCAGAGGUGUUUGAAGGCAGUAACUACAGUGAGAAGUGUGAUGUGUUCAGUUGGGGUAUUAUUCUCUGGGAGGUGAUCACACGCCGGAAGCCCUUUGAUGAAAUCGGUGGCCCUGCUUUCCGCAUCAUGUGGGCUGUGCACCGUGGCACACGUCCACCUCUCAUUGAGAACCUACCGAAGCCCAUAGAGAGUCUGAUGACUCGUUGCUGGUCCAAAGACCCAUCGCAGCGGCCUUCCAUGGAGGAGAUAGUGAAGAUUAUGAGCCACCUUAUGAGGUAUUUCCCAGGAUCAGAAGAGCCUCUUCAGUACCCUUAUCAGUAUUCAGAUGAAGGCCAGAGUAACUCUGCCACCAGCACAGGCUCAUAUAUGGACUACACAUGUACCAGCAACAAGAACGAUAUCAACAUGGAGCACACCAACUCCCCUGGCAGCAAUGACACCAUCAAGUUCCCAUAUAAAUCAAAGGUCGACCCGUUAAGGCCCGGUCACCCUCUCUCCAGAGGGGGCAGUGUAGAGAGUCUUUCUGGCAGACCACAUUGUUUGGCUUCCUCCGACAGCAAACGAAUGAGCACCGAUCUCUCCGAACUGGAGCACAGAUUGCCCUUUGCUCCCGCAGCACGUCCACAAUUUAAGCGAGGUCACCGUAAAACGGCAUCACAUGGCACCAUUCUGGACAUUCCCAAGAUCAUCGUCACAGCAACCUGUGAGCCUCAUAGACGCAGUUCAGUGCAGGACCUUCCUGCCAUUGGUACGGAGUCCAGUCAGGAUAGUAGGAACAACAGCAGAUCAUCCAGUCCCAGUGUGAGGAUGAUUACACCAGACAGGACAGACACCAAUGGCUCAGAUAACUCCAUCCCCAUGGCCUACCUGACCCUGGACCAUCAGUUACAGCCUCUAGCCCCGUGUCCAAACUCCAAAGAAUCAAUGGCAGUGUUUGAGCAGCACUGUAAGAUGGCACAGGAGUACCUGAAGGUGCAGACAGAGAUCGCUCUUCUCAUACAGAGGAAGAAAGAGCUGAUAGACGAGCUGGACCAGGAUGAGAAGGAUCAGCAGAACGCGUGUCGCCUCGCUCAGGAGCACAAGAAGCUCCUAGAGGAGAACAAGAGCCUGUCUACCUACUACCAGCAGUGCAAGAAGCAACUGGAGCUGAUCCGUGCACAGCAGCAAAAGAGAAAGGGCACCUCAUGAACCCCUUUCAUUAUGAAACAGAGCUAGACAGACUCUAUAAUCACAGUCCCCGUUAUUUUAUCCUCCCCAAUCCAAACAUCGGGGUGGUUUAUCUAUAGUUUGGCCCAGAAACCCCUAAAAUCUGCCUGUUUAAGCACCCCACCCUGGCCGCCCAUGCCCUUAUGCACCCAUGAAACCUGUGAAGAUGGUAACUGUAUGAAAUGUGCUCCACAGUUCAAGCGACCAUGGGUCAUUUCCCUGUGCAUGCUGCGUUGCAUGUACCCAUGAUUCCAGCAGGAUAUGCAAUAGCAGGGCCACAAUUAAAGCCAGGUGGGUGUAAAACAAAGACUGUUGGCCGCUGACAAACACGCAGUUCUUCAGAGAUCUACAAGUCUAAACGAGCCAGCAAACACGUUUUAUUUUCAAAAGAGGGCUUUUGAGUAUAGAGCUGUUUAAAAGGAGGAUGUAAAAUGAGGUCUUUGGAAUGACACGUUUUCCCCCUUCCUCAAACAUCCCAGAAUUCCCUGUGGGGGUUGCCUCGUUCCCCUCGAUUAGGUGUUGGUCCUUGAGAAUGUGAAAGCAAAGUUACAUACAAAAGCUAAUUAUAUCAUUUUAAAUUUAGAUUUAUAUUUCGUUGCAUUAACUUUGCGUGUACUUUCAUUUUAACCCCUUUUUAUGCAAAAAAAAAAAAAAAAAAAAAGUGUUAUAAAAUGUAUCAAUUAAAAUCGGGGGAUGUAUCUUACAUAUGCCUUGCAUGUCGACCUUGUGUUUAUGGACAAACAAGGGACGAUCUGUGUGUAUGUGCGGCCUCACAAGAAAACUGCGUUUGUAAUCCGCUUCCUUUGACAUCCCGUUUGAAAACCAGAGAACGAAAAACAAAUGGACUUGAGUGUAUGUGAAACAUUUUAAUCAUGACUUCAGUAUUCUUGUGUUUCUUUGCUUUAUCUAACUGUGUAUGGUAAUUUAACCAGGGUUUUCAGAGAUCCGCUUCAUAGUUUUUGUCGCAAGUGUGGGAAAGACGCUCUUUCUCUGAGCUUGAUUUAUGUAUUUUUAGUUCACGUGAUGCCUUGGAGUUGAAUCGCUUGCAUUUUACUUGACUUGUUUUGUUGCUUUAUGGCAACGAGACCGCUCACACAUGGCACGCUUAAUGCAAUUAGGAGUUUAGAAAUGUGAGUGAGAGUUUUAAAAGGCUUGCGAAGGCAACAUGAAUGAAAUCGAGGGUGGCCAGAUUGUGGUCUGGUCUGAAUGAUCUUGUCAAUAUGCUGCAGACAUCUUGAAAUUAUGAUAAGGGCACUCUGGUUCCUUUUAGUUCAGUUCCUAGUUCUUACCACUAAUUUUACAUCACUAUACUUCAUUUAAGAGAAAUCCGAGCCGGAUUGUUACAUUAGGUUUGAAUUCCUUUUAGAUGAACACUUUGUUUACUUUAUUGCCCCUAGCACAACUCAACCCACAUUUUUGCACAAUCCCGCUGUCAUGGUUCUCGAGGAAUGCUCACUUUACCGUGAAAAUCUUGAGCAGGGUAAAGUCACAUUUGGAUGUUCAAGAUCUUCAAGUGAGUUCACUGCAAAUCUUUUUGUUUAACAGUGAAGUGUUUUUUUUUUUUUUUUUCUCUCUUUCUUGGAGUUCAAUGUUAAUUAUAAGUUUCUGUACUAUGUGCUGUAAAUAAGAUGUCUGAUUUCUUAAGCUGUUGGGAACGGGAAUACACAGGUGAAGGUCGCAUCUUGAAAUAAAUCAAACAGGUAAACAUG